AGAGCCACUACAACAUUGUUAUGCACAGAUGCAAUGGCUAUCUUCCACCAAAGCUCUCCAUGAGAUCCCAAAAGGUGACCUCCCUAAGGGCGGCUGGUUUGGCAGUAUGAUCUAACAGAAAAGCACAUAGCUGAAUAGUGCUAUGGCAGAAGCUCUGAUACUAGUAUUGCUUCAAAAAAUUGCAACCACCCUAAGAGGAGCUGCACAGAAGGCAAUCAGCUCACAAUUGGGGAAGGAAGCCACCCUUUUGUUUGACGUGGAAAAUAGCAUGAGAGAAGUUGAGUGUGAAUUUGAUGUAAUGCAGGCCUUUAUAAGUCAAGUGGAUCCAUAUUGUACGAAUAACCAAGUCUUCCAAUCCUGGCUAAAGCAUAUAAGAAUGGUUACCUUUGAAGUUGAGGAUAUCGUUGAUGAAUACGCCUUUCUCCUCGGAAAGAUGAACGGCACGGAAAGUUUCCUAAGGAAAACACUCCAUAAGUCCAAAAAACUCAAGGUGUGGUAUAGUGUUGCUUCCCGGCUUAGACAAGUGAAGAGCCGCGUCCAGAACCUAACAGUCAUGAAAGAGAGAUAUGGCAUCAAGAUAUCUGACAAUGAUGGAACCUCUUCAGGUUGUACCGCUAAUCGCCAGAUACACUCUUCUAAUUCAUCGUAUUUAAAUUAUGGUGAUGAUGAUGACAAUGCAAUGGUGGGACAAAAAGAUAACGUGCAAAGACUAACAAAGCAUCUGAAUGCUUCAGGCAUGGAUCGUUCUAUCAUUACCAUCCAUGGAAUGGGAGGAUCUGGCAAAACAACUCUUGCAAGGAGCAUAUACAGGAAGCAAGACAUCACAAAGAAAUUUGACUGUCAUGCAUGGAUCACAGUGUCACGAAAUUACCAGAUUGAAGAUCUUCUUAUGAGCAUCAUGGAUAAGCUUAAGAUUGGGCAUCGUACUGAUAUUAAUCUUGAAGAAAUGGUGCAAGCAAUCCACACUUACCUUGAGAACAAAAGGUACCUUAUUGUUUUAGAUGACAUGUGGGAUAGAGAUUCUUGGUCAUGCUUUGAAGAUGCAUUUCCAAGGAGAAGCCAAGGAAGUAAAGUCAUCAUUACCACUAGAAACAAAGAAGUUGCCAAAUUAGUUGAGUUGCAGGGACAUAUUAUUUCGCUCAACACUCUCCUACCAAUAGAAUCAUGGGACCUCUUUUGCAAAAAGGCAUUCUCAAAACUGCCAGAGGCGAAAUGCCCUGAAGGUCUCAUCAAGCGUGCUGAGGAAAUUUUGGAGAAGUGCGAAGGUUUGCCUCUUGCUAUUGUAGCUAUUGGAAGCCUUCUAUCUUACAGGGGCAUUGAGGAAAAGGAGUGGGCAUCAUUUUAUGAUCAACUAAAUUGGCAGCUAACUUAUAAUCCAGAGCUCAGCAGGGUCUCAAAUGUCCUAAGCUCGAGCUUAAAUGAUCUUCCAACCCAUUUGAAGAAUUGUUUCCUGUACUGUGGAUUAUUCCCAGAAGAUCGUCUAAUUAGGCGUAAGUGGAUAAUCAGAAUGUGGAUAGCUGAAGGAUUUGUGGAAGAUCGAGGAACAGAGACAACAUUGGAGGAAGUGGCAGAGGAUUAUCUGAAGGAACUUACUCAACGAUCACUGAUUCAGGUUGUUGAAAGGAAUGAAUUUGGAAGACCAAGAAGGUUUAAAUUGCAUAACAUGGUGAGAGAAAUUACUUGGAUGAUGUCAAAAAGGCAGAGGUUCGCUCUCAUAUGCGAUGACCCAGAUGUAACAAGCCUUGGUGAUGCAGUGCGCCGUGUGCCUGUACACAAAGGAGGCCAACACUUUCAGCCAAGUGCAUCUUGGCAGCAGCUGCGCUCAUUUUUGUUAUUUGAUAAGCACGUAUCUAUUUCAUGGAUCUGCAAUGCUUCAUCAAAUUUCAGGCUAUUAAGGGUCCUGUGCCUAAGAUAUUCGCUACUGAAAGAUUUCCCAAAUGCCAUAGUUGGUCUAUUCAAUCUACACUAUCUUGAUUUGUCACGGACAAAAGUGAACAAAAUACCAAAAUCAGUGGCAAGGCUCAAAAACUUGCAGACGCUGCAUCUCAGGCGUACAUCAGUGAGUGAGUUGCCAUGUGAGAUUACAUUGCUCGCAUGCCUCCGCCACCUGUCUGUAAGUACAGACCUAUAUGGCACAUCAUUUUCAGGCAAUGUUUAUGGUCUCAGAUCUUUGCAUACUCUCAAAGAGAUAAAAGCCAGCAAGAAUUUAGUCCAAAAUCUCAGCUACCUGACACAGCUUCGAAGCUUGAGUAUUACUAAUGUGCUGGCAAACCACAAUAGAGAUCUUUGGAGUUCCAUCGGAAAGUUGAAAUUUCUUACUAGGCUGGCUGUUUCAAGCCGUGAUGACGAUGAAGUGCUUGACUUGGAAAACUUUAGAGCUCCCCAAUAUCUGGAGAAGUUCUACUUAGAUGCCAAGUUGGCCAACAAUGUGCUUUUCCCCAUAUCUGGGCAUUUUCAGAACCUCAAGCUAUUGUCAAUGCGCUUCUCGCAUCUAGUGCAAGAUCCUCUCAUUUCCUUGUGUAAAAUGGCAAACCUUGUUUGCCUUGAGCUGAACUGUGCCUAUGAUGGGGAGGCGUUGAGGUUCUGUGCUGAAUGGUUCCCGAAGCUUAAACAACUCUCCCUGGAGAAGCUGGAAAACUUGAAGUCAAUUGACAUAAUUGAUGGCACCAUGGUUAACUUAACGUAUCUCAAACUUAGCCAACUGUGGAAUUUGCAUGUUGUGCCGAUAGGUCUUACAUAUCUGAAGAUGCUCCACCACUUGUUUGCAGAAAGUAUGCCGGAUGUCUUCAUUAGGGGCUUGGCACGUGAGGGGUUUCUUAACAACAGCAUUAUCAUUGAAUGCGUGUGAGAUUUACCUGAUGCAAUGUCUUCAUCUUGUCCUUUGAUUCAAAAUUCUUGUUCCAAGUCAAGCAUUAAUAGGUUAUAAAUAUCAGCAUUGCAUGUGUACACUUAUUUUGAAAAUACUUCCAUAAUCUCUCUCUCGUGCUGGCUGGUUUCUCACAGCUGAUCGGCUCUUCUCUCCUUUAGCUGAUCUUUUUUUUUUUUUUUGUGACUUCCAAGUAAGGCCAAGGUGUGGUGAUAGAGGGUUGUGUGGUCUACAGGUUUGACAAAGUGGUGUGAGCUAAAAGGCUUGUGGAUUAUUUGUGAUGACUUAGUAAAGUAGGCUAUGUAAUACUGUUCACUGCAGAUUAAAUAUAAUGUUGAUUAUCCCUUU